GCUUACAGGGGCGGAGGAACGGAGCAGGAUCUCGGCUGCGGCCUGGAACUCUGGCCAGGAUGAUGGCCUCUAUGCCCCUCCGGGUGACCUGCAGUCUGAUCUCCUGGCUGUCUCUCUACACCUGGUUCUGCCAUCAGUAUAAGCACCGUAGCUAUGAGUGGAGCUGCCGGCUGGUCACUCUGACCCACGGUGUCCUCGCCACCUGCCUCUCUGCUUACAUUGGUUUUAUCGAUGGCCCCUGGCCUUUAACUCACCCAGGGUCCCCGAACACACUCCUCCAGGUGCAUGGGCUGUGCCUUAGCUUGGGCUACUUCCUCUUCGACCUGGGCUGGUGUGUAUACUUCCAGGCGGAGGGCGCUCUGAUGUUGGCCCAUCACAUGGUGAGCAUCGUGGGAAUCACAGUGUCUCUGGCCCUGGGUGAGUCAGCUGCGGAAGUCAAUGCCGUCAUCUUUGGCAGCGAGAUCACCAACCCGCUGCUGCAGGCCCGCUGGUUCCUGCGAGAGAUGGGGCUUUACCACAGCUUCACGGGGGAUGUGGUGGAUUUCUUCUUCGUGGCCCUCUUCACGGGCGUGCGGAUUGGGGUCGGGGCCUGGCUCAUGUACUGCGAGCUUGUGUCACCCAAGCCCAGGUGGUUCGUUAAGGUGGGGGGGGUGAUUAUGUACGUGGUCUCCUGGGUUUUCAUGGUCAGCAUUUGCCGCUUUGCUAGGAGGAAAAGCAUGAAGAAGUACCGGGCCUGGAGGAACCGGAGGAACGAGGAGCUGUACUCUGAAAGAAAUGGCCAUCUGAAGAGUCAUUAACCUUGUGGACUCCAACUUCAUGAUCUUACAAGAAGGGGAUCGAGCCCCUAGAUAGGCAGGUCAUUCUUGGGAGAUGAGCCAUUUAAAAUUAGAGAGAACUGAGCCAAGUGCAUCCCUAGUGUAACGCCAUUGAAGUCAGUGGAGUUACACCUUAAAUGCAUUGGGUGUGGGGGGUGUUACCUGGAAGAGACUGGAUUAGAGGUGUGCUGUGUGUAUGCAGACAUAUAGCAAACUGCGUGAGUGGGGAAAGGGCUUAAUUUACAAUUAAAGCAGUUGCCAGUGCAGCAGCGCACAGGUGUAAAUAGCAGUGUUAGUGGCUGACUCCUUCAGCACUGAUAUAAUCUUGAAGGAGUUAAGAUCAAGCGCUAAGUCUCAGUGUUCAAUGUACUGCACGGUGCAGGCACCUAGUGUGACUCUGAUUUCCUAUUCAGAAGAGAUGUGGUCUAGUGGUUGGCAUGGGGAAAUGAGGAGUCAGGAUUCCUGGCUCUGCCAUCAGCUCGCAAGGUGAGUCGCUUAGCUCUGUUUGUGCCUCAAUUUCCCCAUCUGUCAAGUGGGGAUAAUGAGGCUGACCCACACCUCUGUGAAGCACUUUCAGAUUCUUGGAUAAAAGGGGGUCUGUAAAUGCGAAAUGUGGUAAAUAUUUAUUAUUAUCUCGGUAUUUCCUUUGGAAGAGAGGAGCUUGGUGGUUGAGCCAGAAUGCAAGUGCAGGUUAGAUAGCAGUUGAGUCAGUAUUAUUUUUCUUCUGGUCGCUCGUAAUUCAUAUUGUUUGUUUGUUUAUUUAUUUUCUUUCCGUUAUAGUAGCGCCCAGAGGUCCCAAUCAUAAUCGACGCCCCAGCGUGCUAGUGCUGUACAAACACACACAAUGAGGCAGUGUCUGAUGCGAAGAGCUUACAAUGACUUUUCCCCCCAGCUCAUUCCUUUCCACCCCUGAUCAUUAAAAACCAUACCCACAAUGUCAUUCUCGGUUCCCUUUCUAGUAGUCAGGUGUCUAACCGCUUCCAUCACAAAAAGCCACAUCAGCAAGGGGCUAUAACUGGCCCCCUUGCUGAAUGUCUCCGGAGGUGGGCUGAUCUGCCCAUGGAGACUGAAUUCCGCUUUGCGAUGCUUCCCAUCUGUCCAGAGACAGGGAAUAGCAGAGAGAGAGCUUGCUUUGCUGCUUCCUGUGCUCUGUCUUGUGGAUAAAUGACAUACUUCAGGCUUGUCAAACCAACAUCUCUCACCAGCAGUAAAUUCAUUUAAAAACUAAAUCCUUAAGUAGGAUGGGACUGGCAGCUCGCAAAGUAACAACCAGAUCCUGACCUUGGUUAACCUAGUAUAAAGGUAAUGCAUUUCUACUGUGGAUUUAAACUGGUGUAUCUGAACCCAGAGUCUGGCCCAGUGUUGCCUUGGUAGUAGCUGGCUGACCUGUACAUAGGAAAGCCGCGUUGCUGACACUGGCCCCAUGCACAGAUUCUGCUGUAUUGGGGAAACUGUGUUGCAGUUUUCAGAUGCUGUUGUGUUUAUCUUGCUGCAGUCUCUUAAGCACAGUUUGGUUUUGAUCCUGCCCCUUUUACGUGUAGAAUCCGCCAUGCACAAAUCUACAGUUCAUAUUUCAGUUCUCCUGUAGACGUCGCCUGUUGCAACCAAAGAACUGACAAGCGAAUUGCCACUUGCCAGCUUCAGGAGAACAGAGCUGACAAAAGGGCAGGCCAGUCCUCAAAGGGAAACUCCACCUGUUUUGCUCAGUGCAGUGAUACAAAUGUUCACUCUUGAAGGGAGGUAGGUGGUUAGCACAGGUAAGCGGUAAUCAGGACUCCUGGAUUCUAUUCCUGGCCCUGCCACUGACCUGCGUGUCAUGUGACCUCUUUGCUUCAGUUUACCCAUCUAUGAAAUGAGUGUAAUAUUGACCUACCUCACAGAGGUGUCUUGAGGUUUAUCAACAGUAAAGCGCUUUACCCACCUAUAGUGAGUGCUUUCAGGUCUCUGGUGAGUAGUGCAGAGUGUUACUGCUGUGAUUUGAGAUUUGAUUUGAGAACUUUCCCCCAUGGUAUAAACUAUGAACUGCAACUGGGACUAAACUUUCUAACUCAAACUUGGCACUUCUCAGUCCCUGGCUUACUCAAAUCACAAAACCCCAGAGGGAUGUGAUGCUUUUGAACAGUGUUUACAGGCAGGAUUCUGAGAGGUACCAGUUGAUACUGUGAACUGGAAAUAUAUAUAGGGGCCAGUCCUGCAAUUUCUUCUCAGGUAAAGUUCCUGUAUGAUUAAAGCGAGGGUGGUGGGGUUGUUUGCCUAUGUGGGGACUACAAGAGUAUAUCUGGAGUCUCAACCACCUCCUGCAGUGGGCCUGAACUUGAAAAGUUUUUUGGUGUGAAACUCUCAUCAAUCAAUAAAGAGCUUGUGCAGGGAAGGCUUGCAGAUUGGAGUCUCAAGUAUUCUUAGAAGAAAGCUGAGCCUGAUAUGUUGUAAUUGCUGGAUAGAAAUGGUUCCAUGCACAGACCUGAUGGUUUGGAUUGAGACCUAGAUCUUCAGAGAAGUUUGAUGUGCAGUUCCAUUCAAAGUUGAUGCUGUUACGUGGUCGAGUAGCCGUGGUGGUGCGCGCAGUGGAAGUAGUAGCACGUGCAAAUUAGAUAGGCACUUUGCACGAGCCAAUGUGCACUUAGAAAAAUAUGAGCUGUAAUGGGCAAGGAGUUCCUUUAUUUGUGCUUCCAAGACUAGAAGGGGGACUUGUUGCAGAUCCUGUGACCAAUAUCAGGACUGUUUAGAAUUUUAUACAAGGGUGCCAGAAGGCAAAAGGAGUAAUUGACAAUGGCUUUGCAGAAAAGAGACGGCAAGAAUGCUUCUAGCAAAGGCCUUGUAGUGCCUGCAGUGGGCAGAAGUACAGAAUCAUGGACCCAGGGAGAGGGAAGAUACCUUGCCAUCUGAGUGAAGCACAUGGUGGGAGAGAAUGUCCUACAUGACACUGAGUAGAAGGGCUAACCCAUAGUGUGUGGGACUAGUGUGAAAUACUAACUCAUGUUUGAAUUACUGUGUAAUAAUUACCAAUGUUCCACCGGUGGAUGGUAUAGAAGCUUUCUAUUACAUUUUAUAAAAUAAAGACACUUUAACUAUACAAGGAACCAAGUCUCUCCGUCUCUCUCUUUAAUGCAGUUUCUUCUUUUGAAGGUAAAACGCUGGCUGCCAGAUGAGUCAGCAUGGCCUGAUCGGGGGUUCUCAACCUUUUUCUUUCUGAGGCCCCCUCAACAAGCUAUUAAAAUUCCUGGCCCAACUGCGCCACAACCACUGUUUUUCUGCCUGUAAAAGCCAGUGCUGGUGUUGGGGGAUAGCAAGCAGGGCAAUUGCCUGGAGCCUCAUGCCACGGGGCCUCCAUGAAACUAUAUUGCUCAGGCUUUGGCUUUAGCCCUGGAUGGUGAGGCUCAGGCUUCAACGUCAUAUGUGAAGACUUUGGCUUUCUAACCUGGGCCCCAGUGAGUCUAAUGCUGGCCCUGCUUGGUGGCCCCUCUGAAACCUGCUCAUGGCCCCCCCAGGGGCCUCAGACCCCUGGUUGAGAGCCAUUGGCCAAGAUGGAUGGGUAAAGCAUUUGGGAUCCAUACCCACCAAUCAAUGGAUAAAGUAUUUGGACAUGCAAUCCUUCCUCUGACAGCAUCUCAUUAAGGGGCUGUGAGCAAGUCCCUUUACCUCCAUGUCUUUCAGUGUCUCCAUCUGUAAAUGGAGGCUAGGGUCUAUGUCACAGGAGUGUUGUGGAGAGAAAACAAGGAGUGAGAACGGUUCAUCUCAGGAAGAGAAUAAAGGUCCCAAAGCUGGUCAGAAUGAAUGAGGCCAUCUACAGGUAUCUGGGCCCACUCGGGAGGUUUUCCACCGCAGCAUAUAGAGGGGGGGAUUAUGGCCCCACUGCCGCAGCAGUGUAGAGCUGUG